AUUGAUUUGACUUUUGGAGUGAGUGAAGUGCUCGCGAGGAUCGCCUAAAUAAAAACCUCCAUAAAACAGAAAAAAAAAAGAAAAUUAACGAAAUAACAAAGCGACGGUGUAUAUUUUUCUAUUCGGUGUACACUAAGAGAUCGACAGAGAGAGAGAUAGAAGGAGAGCAGCUGCCUUUGAUACAAAUUUCAGUGUUUAUUGAGCAAAAACAAAAAAAAAGAUAUUUACACCUCAAUAACACCACAUUUGGUUGAAAACAAAAAAAGAACCACGCAUUUUUUAUUGCCUUUUUUUAAAUAAUGCAGUACAGCAGCCGUUCAGAUAAUUAUUCCUCUUCUUUAAGAGAUUCGCCACCAAAAUGGACCAGUGGCAAGGAGCAAAAGGCAGGCUAUGCUUACAAAUCAUCAUAUCAGUAUUCCACCACAGGCUCUGGCAGUGGUUCAUAUCAGGACAAACCGGUCGACAAGAACAUUGAUCAAUUGGAUGCUCUAUUGGAAGAUUUGAAAAAUGAACGUGAAGUUACCAGAGAUAGAGAUCAUUCUAUGAACUAUAGAACCAUUGAACGUUCCACCAAUGAGGAUCCCUUAAGUGGCACCGUAACCAAAACUACACGUGUCAUAAAGACCACGAAAAAUUUAGGUGGAGGACAUGAUGACUCAGACAUAUACCCCACAUCGGAUUAUAGUACUCUUAGAUCGAAUGGUACAUUGGUGCGCAAUGAUUAUCAAACUUUGGAAAAGCCCUAUGCACCAGGCAGUCUUUCUCCCGGUGGAGGUUUCUAUGAAACUAAACAUCAUACCAAAGUCUAUGAAAGUAAUCGCUCGUUGAAUAAACAACCCGAAUUUGUGCCAACUGCCAACUCCACCACAGUGGCCACCACCACCACCAAUGCCACUCACUUGGAGGAGGAUUUGAAAAACAUCACCCUGAACGAUGAUAUUCUACCAGUGCCAGGAACAAAAGUCACAACUACUGUACGCACCUAUACCUAUGAGAUACCAGCGAACGCUCCUCUACCUACCUCGAAUACACUGAGCCGUAAGAUACACUACAACACUGUCCAAACGAAUGAAACUAACAAUUUGGUGCAACCACAUCCUGUACAUGCGAUACCACCCACUGUGGUCUACAAUACCGAAAGCUAUUCGACCUUGAAUAAGGGCCAUGAUAAGCCAUCGCCAUCGCCAGCGGUGACCAAUCUCAACUAUGAGGUUAGGGAGCACUAUGAGACCAAUACCAUGCGCAACAAUACUUUGCCAUUGCAUCCCAGAAAUCAGCAUCCCGGUCAGCCAGGCGAACCAACCAAUACUAUUGUUUACAAUAUACACAAUACCACUACAACUACGAACACCGAGAGGCCUGGCUAUCCUCCUCAUAGCCCCAAAAGUCCCACAGUCACCUAUGUGUCGGGCCCUCAUAGUCCGGCACCACAUGGACCCCAUCAUGGACCACAUCAUGGCCCACCACAUGGACCCACAACACAUCACUACAUUUACAAGGAAUCAACUAACACCGUAAAUACCAUCCAUGGACCCGGUGGUCCACCCAACGAGCCGAUGUUGACACCCAAGAAUAAUACACCUAACACCUUGAAUAGACCUACUGGAGGAUAUCCACCCAACGGCAGUCCAGGCUAUCCUCCAAAUGGCGGAACACCAGUUUAUCCAGCCAAUGGUCAUCCACCAAAUUCUACCAUCACUUAUAAUUACUCAUCCACCACUACGAAUAACCGACGUGGACCCGACUAUGGUUCACCAUCAUCGCCAUUGCCACCGGCACCAUUCCCUGUGGAUGGUGUUGAGUAUCCAGUGGGUAAUGGAAAUCCACCUCAGCGUGUUGAUGAAUUGAUGCAAUCCUUUGGUCAUCCCGAUGCCGUUGAUAGGCCCGAUUUGAAUACACCACGUAAACGUGAAAUCGAAACAGCGGUAGCCUCACCUAAUCAACAACAAAUACCAUCGGUGAAUAGAGCCGGUCGUGAUAUUUACUAUCCUCCAGGCCAUGAAAUGAUGCUGACCAAGCGCCAGGAGAUGCAUGCUUCGGGUUCACAAGCUGGGGGACGUUGGGCCAAGGGUUCUGGCAUGUAUGAAUAUGAGUCUGGCUCUAGAUCGAAAACCACUACCAAAUCGGGCGGAGCUAUGGUACCGGUUUGCUUGCCACUAUGCUGUGCUAUGCCUUGCUCAAUAAUGUAAUUUGUGAAGGAUGCUUUCAACGACCAGUUGAAGUUUUUUUCUUCGUUUUAUUAUAAAAAUUUGAUUUUUUUUUUAAAUUUCAAUUGUGUUUGACCAGUAAGAAUAUGGAGUAAAAAAUUGCUUGUCUUAGGGGAUAAGAACAAAUCUUAUUGUGUCCCUUCUCCAUAUUCCGUUGGGAUGCAACACUAAUUCGCCAAUAAUCUAUGUGUAUAUAUGAUUGUUAAACUUGCUCUAUCUACUUUAACUAUUUAAUAUAAUAAUUAUAAUAAUAUUUUUUAGUUUAUUAAUGUUUUUUGUUGUUUUGUAAGCUCAGAAGUCAUUUAAAUGUCUUACAUUAUUUUUUUUUAUUUCAAUGUUUGCUCAAACAGAAAAAAGGAAACCUUAUUUUUUAAACUGCUCUAAACUAACACAUUUGAAUUUUAAUAUCCGAUUUAUAUAUUGCAGUCAAGAAAGUAAAUUAUAACAAUAAAAUUUUUAAUAUUUUUCUUAAAUUUUGAAUAGCGUUUAAACGAGUUUAGAUUUUCAAAAAAAAUAAACUAAACAAAUUAAAAUGUUUUUUUAAAAACAAAUUUCGUCACUGUAUCGAAUAUUAAAUUUAAGUAUAAAAUAACUAAACCACCAGCAAAACUAUUAUUAUGCGAUUUAUCAGAAUUAAUUGAGUAUUGGAAAUAUAUAUUUAAUAAAUGUAACACAACAUUAAAAACAAGUAAAAUAAAAAUUUAAAAAAAAUACGCUGCAAGCGUUUCUAACAAACAGGAA